AUGACACUGAUCAAGACAAAACCACUAUCUCCCUUUAAGGCUUGCAAGCCAUUGCUGUUGGUGAUUGGUUUGGUUGCCAUUAUUAACGCCAUGAUGAGCGGCGUUGGCCAUGUCUCGGCGGAAGAAGUUCGCGUGGAGGUCCUCCGACGUGGAGAUGGUCCUGCUGUGACCAAGAAUCACAAAUACCGUUCGAUGGUGACCCUCUAUAUUGAAGGGGAAUCCGGCGAGAAGACACCGUCGGGUUGGUCUACACGAAAAGAAGACGGUGCCGCUCGAGACAGUCCCUUUGUCUUUCAACCUGGAGUCAAUCUCAUUGAAGGCUGGACCCAAGGCGUCUUGCAGAUGAAAGAAGGAGAUCGAUCCCUUCUUCACGUGCCUUCGAAACUCGGAUAUGGGUCUCGUCCCAUGGGAUCGAAGGGAGGUUCGUUCUACAUUCCUGCAAACUCCAAUCUCCUCUUUGAUAUUGAGAUUAUGGGAAAAGAGUCCCAGACCAGUUAA